AGUAGCAGCUACAGAGCGCAGAGACAGAGCACAGCCUCAGCCACCGCCUGGCCAUGGCGGGUAGCAGCUCGCUGGAGGCGGUGCGGAGAAAGAUUCGGAGCCUGCAAGAACAGGCGGACGCCGCGGAGGAGCGUGCGGGCAGCCUGCAGCGCGAGCUGGACCAGGAGCGGAAGCUGCGGGAGACCGCUGAAGCUGAUGUAGCUUCUCUGAAUAGACGUAUCCAGCUGGUUGAGGAGGAGUUGGAUCGUGCUCAGGAGCGUCUGGCCACAGCUCUGCAGAAGCUGGAGGAGGCUGAGAAGGCCGCAGAUGAGAGUGAGAGAGGCAUGAAAGUCAUUGAAAGCCGAGCCCAAAAGGAUGAAGAAAAGAUGGAAAUUCAGGAGAUCCAGCUGAAAGAGGCCAAGCACAUUGCUGAAGAUGCUGACCGCAAAUAUGAAGAGGUGGCCCGUAAGCUGGUCAUCAUUGAAAGUGACCUGGAACGUGCAGAGGAGCGGGCUGAGCUCUCAGAAGGCAAAUGUGCUGAGCUUGAAGAAGAGUUGAAAACGGUGACGAACAACUUGAAGUCACUGGAGGCUCAGGCUGAGAAGUACUCGCAGAAGGAAGACAAGUACGAGGAGGAGAUCAAGGUCCUUUCCGACAAGCUGAAGGAGGCUGAGACCCGGGCUGAGUUUGCCGAGAGAUCAGUGACUAAGUUGGAGAAGAGCAUCGAUGACUUAGAAGACCAGCUCUACCAUCAACUCGAGCAAAACCGCCGCCUAACUAACGAGCUAAAGCUGGCCCUGAAUGAGGAUUAAAAUUUGUGUGGAGAAACUUGGGCCAAGUUCUAGGAAUGGAGCCCCUGUUCAGGAAAUCUAUGACUCAUGGGAUUGAAAACGAUCGCUUUCUGCAGAAAUGGAAAGGAAAGGCAUUGGUUGGAAGACCAGUCUUGCCUUGUUUUCCUCUGUAUGUCUCAGUUAAAUCCUUAUUAACCCCCCCAAAGUUUUUAUGAUAUAUUACGUAUAUGUGAAAAUAUUUAUACCAAUCAAUUCAGCCCUUCCCACAUCAGCAGGUCCACUUUGAACUGACUGAUAAUGACCAAAAAACACCAAAAAAAGUUUUUCUAUUUUCUCUUAACCAGCUGUGAGUCCUGCUUUAAAUAUCUAUUACAAAUGUGUGUCCCUAACAUCUUCGUAACAUGUAUAGUGUUUGAACUGUGAUUCAAUGUACCUAUGCUUGGGCAAAAUAGCUUUUGAAAGCAGGAGCUCAUAUCAGAAGUCCCUGGUUGAAAGGUAUGCUUCGUUUAGCUUAACGGUGUUGGAUUCUGGUGGGUGUCAUUCUAAUAAGUAGAAUACCAUAAAAAUACUAAGAGACUGUGCUAAUGAAGUGUGCAUGAGGUGUGUCCAUAACCAUUUGUGAGCAGUAGAAAUAAACCGUUUAAAAAGUGGUUAGAAACCUAUUUAUGUCAUCUUUGUUUCUGUGAGGUUGUGUGCUCGCUCACACAGCUACCAGAUCUUUAACUGCCUGUAACCCAGAAUCCUCUGCUGGUAUUAACUUCAGUUUGUGUAACAAUGCUCUCUACCUGUAUUUGGUUUGUGCCCCUCCCUUGUUCCCGCAGCACCCUGUGGGUGAGCCUUCACCAAACACAUCCUGCCCCUGCCGUCAGGAUGGAUGGAUGGUGUAGGUGCACCCUGGGUCUUGUCUGGAAACGCGUGCUGUCUUAAGCAUGUAGAGUGCCGUUCCUCUUCUGUGUGUGCGACUGAUGUUUGCUUACUACGUG